UUUGAUUUUGAUUUUCAAGUUUCAACGUAUUUUAAAAACUUCAACGUUCGUUUCUUUUCUUGUGCUGUUUGGAAUUUCGACAGUCUUUUGAAAAUUUAAUACAUUUCUGAAUAAUUCAUUGUUAAAAAUACUUAACCCUGAUUUUUAUCUUGUGAAUGGUGUUAUUUUGUUAUUGUAAAAAUGAUUGUGGUAAACGAAGACAUCAAAAAGAUGUUCAAUAAAGUGCACAGUGAAAUAUCUCAGAAUGUGAGAAUAUUGAUGGAAGAACUAUGGAGCAAUUGGUCUCACCUGGGCGUAGAUGAGGAAACUAAAAUUGUUCACAUCACCAAACUGGUGAAUAUUGAAAAGGACUUUCACAAAGAUGUCAUAUCUGAGACAUGUUACAAGUUGCAGCAGAUGGAACAGAAAAUAGCAAAAUUAAAAGAUGAGACAGAAGAACUCAGCAGAUGUCUCUCAGUUGACAUAUCAGUAAUAGAAUACAAGGACGACAUGUUGAUGGUGGAUUACAAGAAUGCUUUGGAGGAACAACUUUCUGUAUAUAGAAUCCAAGCUCAACAGCGUCGCAUGAAGAUGGACAGGUUACUGGAAUGGCAGCGUGACCUUGUCGAAAAGCUUGGUGUGACCUUGCACGAGUUGCAGGAAGAACCUCUGCCAGCCGAAGAGGAACUGAACAGAAUGAAGGAGCACUUGGAAGUCUUGCAGAAGGAGAGAGAUAAACGUGCAGAAAUAUUCCUGAACACGCAAGUCGAGAUUAAGGAUAUUAUGGGUAAACUUCAAAUCAAGCCAACAAACAAGUUUGAACAGAUGGCGGUUACAUCUAUGUCUGUGGACUUCAAGGUGACCGAUCAGAACAUGGAGCGGCUGGCGAUGUUGCGGCAGGACUUGCAAGAGAAAUAUGAGCAGACCAAUAAUAGAGUUUUGGAGAUGCGCGAGCGUCUGUCCCGACUAUGGGACUGCUUGGAAGAGGACCAGAUGUACCGCGAGAACUUUCUGCAAGCUCACACCGGUUGCCAUCCCCACACCGAGGCGGCCAUUAAGGAAGAGAUUAAGAGGUGCGACCAGAUCAAGAGGCAGAAGAUUUCGGUGUUCGUAGCCAACGUCCGUACUAAGAUCAAGCUGAUGUGGGACAGUGUGAUGUACUCGCAAGCACAGAGGGAGGAGUUCCUGCACUACUACCAGGACAUCUUCACUGAGGAUACCCUCACGCUGCAUGAGCUGUACUUGCAUAAGAUCACCAAGUUUUAUGAAGAAAACAAGUCUAUCUUCGAGUUGGUGGUGACGCGCAAGAACCUGUGGCUCAAGAUGAUGGAGCUGGAGGCGCGCGCGUCCGAGCCCGGCCGCUACCAGAACCGCGGCGGGCAGCUCCUGCAGGAGGAGAAGGAACGGAAGGUCAUCCACAAUAAAUUACCCAAAAUCGAAGAGCAGAUCCGUGGAUUGGUUGUGGAGUAUGAAGCAAAGUCUGGCAGCGUGUUCACUGUUGAUGGCAAGCCUCUGCUGCAACUGAUAGAAGACGAGUGGGAAAUAAGGCGGGCCGAGCGACAGAACAAGAUGUCGGCGCGCAAGCAGGCGCAGGCGCUGACGCCCACCACGCCGCUGCUGCGCUCGCUCGCCACGUCGCCGCUCGGCAAGCGCAACCGCACCGCCGCCGGGCUUGCGGCUACCGCCGAGAGGAACAAGCCGCCAAGCAAGCGCCAACUUAUCACCGGCAGUGCAAACAAGGCAGUGAGCGCUGUAGCAGCCAACCUAUCAUCGUUCAAGAGGUCUGCCAUAUCUACUGUUAAAAGGCGCAUAAGUGGACGCCUGGCGGCAAAGGCUCUGUCAGAGCACAAAACUGAACGCGCUAAAAGAAAACUAGAUUAUGACUCAAACAAGAAGACUCCUCAGCCUAAAGCGAAUGGCAGCAUUCUGAAAUACAAGCGGACGUCACGUGGUCGUCGGUCAACUAACAACGCUAACAACUCAAAAUCGAGUUCGAACGCGGACAAAAACCCGCUCACUGACACCACUUUGCUGACUACGUAUACCGACUUCAAGGACAACAUUAACGAGCGUCAAAUAAGUCGCAGCUCAUUGGCGCAAGGGAAAAACCAUGAAGCACCCGCCAUAGUAGUCUUCCACGUCAACUCGGGGAAGACUGAGACUCCAAAGAAAUUGAGAACAAACGCUCCACUGACUCCCAAGGUCGGCAAAGAGAACAUGCAACACGCGAAUCUGCCAAUGACACCGAAAAGCAACCUUAUUUCUACACCCUCAAGGCUCACGCGGUCCGCAAUAAAACAAAAUGAUGGUUUUGCAACACCCCGGGCGCCUUUGAGUUGUAACAAAACCAAUGUGAGGCAAAACACAGCACCCAAUAUGUCGAUGAAGGUACAAAACGGACAGACACCCAUAAGAUCUAACUCUCACAUGAAUUUGAUGAGAGCCAAGAACUUACCACCGAUCAUGUGAAUUGUUACAUGCGCCGUACAUUUUAGUAUGCGGGUAUAAACAUGCGCAGUAUUUAAAAAAAAAAUUGUAUUAUGGCAGUACAGGUCGCUUUGUAUUUGUAGAACGCUGUGAAAUCGAAAAUUUUACACUAAGAUCGAAAUUAUGGAAAUUAUAGUCGCAACAGUAAUAUAUAUAAAAAACCUCAUCAUAAACUUAUAACGUCGGCCACAGACGGUCAAGUAUACUGUCUGCAACGUGUUGAGAUGUGGACAGAUAAAAAAUAUCGAAAUAUGCUUAUUGGUGUGGUUUCGAUAUUUUUAACUGCCCACGCUUGCUGUAAUAAAAGCCUUAUCAUAAACUAACGUCGGCCACAGACGGUCAAGUAUACUGUCUGCAACAUGUAUAGAUGUAGGCAGAAAAAAAGUUACGUUACGUUAGUUGCAUACUACGCCUCUUUUCUUCAAUAACGUGAUAUCUCAAAAAAUACUAUUUUAGAGGAAAUUAUUUAUAACCUAAAAAAAAAAAUUGUGACAAAAUUAAUGUUUUUCAAGUAAUAUAAUUUUAAAUUUACUUGAAUUGAAAGAGAUAUUAGUUUAAACACGAAAUUUUUUUUUAAGUUAAAAAAAAAAGACUUGUAGAAUUGUGUUAAAGCUAAGAGGCGACUUGACCAUCUGUGGCCUGCUUAAGCCAAAUAUACAAUAUCAUUGUUUAUGUAAAAACAUAGUUGUUGACUGUAAAUCUAUUAAUUAAACACUAUUUAUUCAUAGCGAUCUAUAAGUAUUGUGCAACUUAGCAUCUUUUAUUUUGUGAUCAUAGAAUAACUUAUUUUUUUUUUUGUUGCUAAAACGGAAUCUCUACCUUUUGAUAAUAAUGUAUAGCAGAUUUAUAUCAUGAAGACUGUUUGGUUGUAUAUAAAUGUUUUACCAAUUAAUUCAUUAAAACAAUUAAAUAAAACGCAUGCACUUUGCAUGAAUACUUUUUAAGUACAUAAUAAUUAAUUAUUGGAAUAAGUAGGUAGAUGACCCACUGUUAAGUGGAAACUAUUGCCAACAUUUUACAGUACAUGCAAUUAACUAGUCUGGCAAGUUGAUGACACUCCCAUGAUAUGCGGGCGACGGGGGGAAAUACUGCGUGGGUGUGAAAUCGUGAGUGCGGAGAAGUGAGGUGCAUCAGUCGUAGGUAUUUCAUUCCUCGCUACGGGAGUGUUACGAACGAAGUUGCCACGCUAUAAGUUAAGAAGUGCACAAGGUUUUUACUUAGGGUAAACACUAUAUGAAGAGCCGUGAUAGCCCAGUGGAUAUGACCUCUGCCUCCGAUUCCGGAGGGUGUGGGUUCGAAUCCGGUCCGGGGCAUGCACCUCCAACUUUUCAGUUGUGUGCAUUUUAAGAAAUUAAAUAUCACGUGUCUCAAUCGUUGAAGGAAAACAUCGUGAGGAAACCUGCAUACCAGAGAAUUAUCUUCUCGUGAAGUCUGCCAAUCCGCAUUGGGCCAGCGUGGUGGACUAUUGGCCUUACCCCUCUCAUUCUAAGAGGAGACUCGAGCUCAGCAGUGAGCCGAAUAUGGGUUGACAGUGAUGUGAUGUGAUCAUAUCAUCAUCAUCUUUAUCAUAAAGAUUUUAUUUUUAUUAAUUUUUCACAAAUCCCGCGGGGAUGAGGAAUUUUUCGGGAUACAAAAGUAGCCUAUAAAUUGUUCAAUAGCCUCCACUUCUAGUAAAAAUGCAAUUAAAAUAUGUUCAGUCGUUCCAAAAUUAGUCUGGAGAAAAAGACAGACAGACACAAAAAUUAAAAAAGAACAACCUUGUUUGUUUUGGUCUUGUGUAAAUAACUAUAUACCUACACUAUCAUAUCUAUUUUUUAUUUAUAUGUAUUGUGUCAUCGGCAGCUAAAGAAAACCAUUUAUAAUUUAAAUAGUGUUUAAUUGGGUCAUUUUCAAAAUAUAUAAUAGUUUAUUCCAAAGAUUCAACAUAUUAGUACAUUAUUUUCAAACAUAGCAGUAAUAUUGUGAUUGGAACCAUCCCAUUAAGAAAUCCAUAUAUGUACUCUUACUGUAUUUAUACAUACAUACUUGUAGGUAAAUCAAUUAAAAAACUUGCAUCGUAAUUAGAUGAAAAUUCAUACAUUUUUAGAUUUCUUACAUGAAGUAUAAACAUAAACGUACAAAUAACAAAGACAUUUGUAAUUUUGUUUAAACGCCCAUACAAAUCUAACGAUCACUUCGAUUGAUGACGUCAUUCAUUUGGACCAGACUAUACCCCAUAUUUUUUAACGACCUGAGGCAGCGCCGCCAAAAUGACCCUUAAUGGCUGUAGCUCCGACAGAAUUAUCGCAGAUACCUUGUUACUUCUACAAAAUGUCUAGUAUUAGCAUACUUUUAAUAUAUAUACAACACCUGCGUGGUUCCCGUUCCCGCAGGAAUACGGGGGUAAAAUAUAGCACUCUGCUCGGGGAUAGUGUAGCUUCCCAACAGUGAAAGAAUUUUUCAAAUCGAUUCAGUAGUCCCAGAAUCUAUUCGGAACAUACAAACAAACAAUCAAAUAUUUCCUCUUUAUAAUAUCAGUAUAGAUUUAAAAAAAAAAAACUCAUAAGCCCUAUCGAUACUAAACUGUCUUCGUGAGAUAAAUCUUCUAUAUUGAAUAUUAUGUUACACUAAAUAGCACUUUUACGAGUAUUGAUAUUUUGAAUUGUUCUAAAAUAUUAUGUUUGUAUUACAACUUUUUAAGUAGAUUUAAUAAUAUAAGAUCUUUUUUUUUUUAUAGAUUUUUAAGUUGUUCGUAAUUUUAAUUUUAGUUUUUUUAGUUUACUAGUUUGUAGAACAAUUGCGGUGAAAAUAAUUAUUUUUUGGUAAAAAUAAAUGUAAAUAUAAUAGUGUCA